AUGCACGGGACACUUAGGAUUAUGGGUAAAAUAGUUGGGGCACCUAAAGGCCACGAUCGUUAUAGAGAUCCCGUCACUCAUCAAAUAACGCCGGCUCUAUAUAGAGUCAGACAACCAUUCUUUUGGAGAAAUACAAUCGGUUUAUUUGUUGUGGGCGCUAUUCCUUUAGCUGUAUAUCUUUAUACUUUUGAAAAGAUGACAGAAGAUGAUUUUGGUGAUAUCCCAAUCCCUCCAAUUAGCGAUGAGGAGUUGAAGAAAUUGCAGACUGAGUACGAAGGAAAGACAUAA